CUGAACAGCUUCAUCAUCACCCCGUGCAACUCACCACGCCCCCAUCCCGCCCGCGGCCCUUCGACAUCUCGCUGGACCGUCUGUUUGCAUGCCGCCAGAGCCCAAGGCUGUUGCCUGACUCAUUCGCUGCGGCCGCGCUUGGCGCCUGAGGCCAGCUGCGCACGCGCGCCCGGCGGCUGUCGCCCGCCCACGCGAAGCGACAACUUCUUGUUCAGCCGCGGGACACGUCGACUUUUCUCCCAGAAAGUACUACUCACCAACCGUAGCAAAUCCUCCUGAGCCCGCGAGACCACCAUGGCUCGGCCAAGAGACUCGCGCUCACCAGCUCCAGCAGGCAGCAGCGGCCAGCAAGAUGGCUCUCGUCGCCAUCGCAACGAUGACUCCUACGGCGGCGGCGGCAACCGGCGCGACAGGAAUCGACGGGACGACGCCAGGGACCAUCGCCGGCUUAGCAGGUCGCGCAGCCCUGACCCCCGUCGGGAUCAACGGGGCGGUGCACGCCACCCAGAGCGAGACCUGAUGAAUCGGCGCGACCGUUCUCCGGUCGGCCGGCGAGGCGACGGCCCCUACCGCGGUGGAGGGCCUCGCGACUACCGCGACAGAGACCGUGAUAGAGAUAGAGACCGAGAUCGAGACCGCGACCGAGACCGAGACCGAGAUCGCCGCCGUUCGCGUGACCGUCACGCGGCCAGGCUCAGAUCGCCUGAUCGUCGACGCCCUCGCAGCCGUGAUAGCGACAGAAGCUACAGAAGCCGAGACGAUGGCCGCGAUCACGGUCGAUUCAAACGCGAGGGGACGGCUGACUCCUCAGCGCGCAGCAACCGCCAGGCGUCUGUCAACGAUAGAGGCCGGGCCGGUCAAGAUAACUCUUCGGCUGACAGGGCCGAGCCUGUCCAGACCGAUGCCGAGAAGAAGAAGGCAGAACGUCUCGCAAAGCUUGAGGCAUGGAAGAAGAAGAAAGAGAGCCAGGUUCAACAGCAGAGAGCGGGCGAUGCCUCACAGGCCAGAAAGAUUCUCGCUGAUAUGGACCAACCUGGAGGUGUUUCUUCACCCGGAGCACCCUCUCCGGGUAUCUCAACUGCUGCGUCCCCUGGAACGGUAGAGAACUCUGGGAAUGCUUCUCCUGCUCAGCCUUAUGCCGGGAAAUUUGACCCCAAGUCCAUUGCCAAGAAAUCGGCCGCGCGAUCCAGCGAGUCUAAGACGGUCCUAGGAAUGGUCGGCAUCCAGCCACCGCAGUCUGCUCCAAAGACAUCCCAGCAGGCUCCUACCGCAACGUCAUCGCUACCUGCAAACCGCGCCAAAGCUAGCGGCUUUGGCUUCGGAAAGCCUCAGAAGGGCCAGGUAGAGAAUGGCAAAAUGCCCAACAAGCGGAUGCUGGAUCUCGACGAGGACGAUACCGUUAAACGGAAGCUCACGAAGCUCCCUACCCUGUCAGUGGACACCGACGACACGCCUUAUGCCGAUCAGGACGACGACGACGACGCCGGCGAGAACAUCGCCGAGGACGAAGAGGCCGCCGUCGCUGCAGACCGAGCCGCUCAUGAACGACGGCUGCAGGCCGAGAAUCAGGCGGAGCAAGCUGCUGUGGAGCCCGAUGCAGAGGGAGACCAGACCAUGAGCAACGCUGCUGACGGGGAGGCGGACGUAACCAAGGAUCCGGCGACAACUGAUGUGCAGCCUGCUGCCGAAUCCAUGGAUGUCGAUGAAGAGUCAGAAGUAGACCCAUUGGAUGCAUUCAUGGCAAAUCUCCAAAAGUCGGAAGUGCAGAAAGCGCAAAAGUCUGCUCAGACCACAAAGAACUCUCAUGUUCCAGAGACGUAUUUCAGCGACGAGGACAACAUAUACGACGCUGAGGGCAACGAUGGCGCAAACAAUAUUCUGGCCAUGACCAACAAGCGCAAGAAGAAGGAUAUUCCCACCACCGACUAUAGUAAAAUCACAAUCGACCCCGUUCGCAAAAACUUCUGGGUUGAACCCUCCGAGGUCAAGGCCCUCACCGAGGACGAGGUUGCCGAGCUGCGCCUGGAGCUCGACGGCAUCAAAGUCAAAGGCAAAGACGUCCCAAGACCGGUCCAGAAAUGGGCACAAUGUGGCCUCAUCCGUCAAGCGCUAGACGCCAUCAGUAACCUCGGCUUCGAGCGGCCAACGGCCAUUCAGUCUCAAGCCAUCCCGUCCAUCAUGUCGGGCAGAGACGUCAUCGGUGUAGCCAAGACGGGAUCCGGCAAGACGCUUGCUUUCCUCCUCCCCAUGUUCCGGCACAUCUUAGAUCAGCCCAAGCUCAAAGAAACGGACGGGGCCAUCGCCCUGGUGCUCGCACCGACGCGUGAGCUGGCCACGCAGAUCCACAAGGACUGCAAACCCUUCCUCAAGACUACUAAUCUUCGCGCUGUCUGCGCCUAUGGAGGUGCCCCCGUCCGCGACCAGAUUGCCGACCUCAAGCGUGGCGCCGAGAUUAUCGUCUGCACCCCCGGUCGCAUGAUUGACCUCCUGGCUGCCAAUCAAGGGCGUGUCACGAAUCUCAGGAGAGUUACGUAUGUUGUUCUCGACGAGGCGGACCGAAUGUUCGACAUGGGCUUCGAGCCGCAGGUGAUGAAGAUUUUCGCAAACAUGAGACCCGACAAGCAGACCAUCCUGUUCUCGGCGACGAUGCCGCGUCUUAUCGAUUCGUUGACCAAAAAGGUCCUCAAGAACCCCGUAGAGAUCACGGUUGGUGGUCGAAGCGUGGUCGCCAAGGAAAUUGAGCAGAUCGUCGAAGUUCGCGAGGAGAAUGACAAGUUCAUCCGCGUACUGGAGCUGCUUGGCGAGCUCUAUGACCGAGACGAGGACGCUCGCUCGCUGAUUUUUGUCGAUCGCCAGGACAAAGCGGAUAACCUCCUCAAAGAGCUCAUGCAAAAGGGCUACCCGUGCAUGUCCAUCCACGGCGGAAAGGAUCAAGUCGACCGCGACUCCACCAUUGCCGAUUUCAAAAAGGGCAUCUUCCCAAUCCUCAUUGCGACUUCGGUUGCUGCUCGUGGCCUGGAUGUCAAGCAGCUUAAGCUCGUCAUCAACUACGACGCGCCGAACCACCUGGAAGACUAUGUCCACCGGGCUGGCCGCACCGGCCGUGCUGGAAACACUGGUGUCGCCGUCACGUUCAUUACCCCCGAGCAGGAGAACUGCGCAACGGGCAUCGCGAAGGCUCUCGAGCAGAGCGGACAGCCUGUUCCGGAAAGGCUCGAGGAGAUGCGGAAGGCGUACCGCGAAAAGGUCAAGUCCGGAAAGGCAAAGGAGUCGUCGGGAUUCGGCGGCAAGGGCUUGGACCGACUCGACCAAGAACGCGAAGCAGCCCGCCAGGUGCAACGCAAGACGCACCGAGCCGAGGGCGAGGAGGAAGAGGAGAAAGAGGAUAAGAAGGCCGAGGAGAAGGGUGAGAAGGCGUUCGAGGCCAUCAGAGCGGCGGCCUCCGGCGUUCAAGCACGCGAUAGUGCCAAAGCUGAGGGCGCGGACGGCAACGCUGCUCAGAAGGGCGCUGCCGCGACGUUGGGCGACAAGUCUGAUAAUCCCCUUGACAAGGUGAGCUCGGCUGUCAGCGCCAUCAACAGCCGUCUGGGCAAGUCUGGCCAGCUUCGCUCUGGUCAACCCAUUGACAACAAGGGCCCUGAUGCCGGCGCCUUCCACGCCACCCUCGAGAUCAACGACUUCCCUCAGAAAGCCAGAUGGGCCGUCACGAACCGCACCAACGUUGCCAAGAUCCUCGACUCGACCGGUACCUCCAUCACCACAAAGGGAAGCUUCUAUGCUCCAGGCAAGGAAGUCCCACCAAACGGCGAUCCGAAAUUGUACAUUCUUAUUGAGGGUGACACUGAGGUGGCCGUAAGCUCGGCCCUCCAGGAGAUGACGCGACUGCUUAGAGAGGCGACCAUCGCGGCGGCCGAUGCCGACAGCCGGGCGCCAGCCAGCGGACGGUACACUGUUACCUAGUAGGGUAACUAGUUGUUCUUCCGCCGCUAGGGAGGUGUUGACGACGUGAGGGGCAUGUCAUCCCGAAGAUCUUGGUACACGGUGUUGACGAUGGUAUUGGCGUCUGGAUGUCGCCUCGGGGGGGGGGGUUCCGAGAUAUGUGGCAUGGCCACGUUUGCAACUGUUGCACUGCUUAUUGCUUGACGCGGGGCGUAGACGGAGCUUCCAGGUAGCAAGAUAUGGCUCAAAAAAACGCUUCUUGCUAAUCGACGACAAUAUUAUAUCAAGCUGUGACGUGACGAGGAUGCAGUUUCUUG